CCUGCCAUGGGAGGGGCUGUGGUGGAUGAGGGCCCAGCCGUCAAGGCCCCCGACGGGGGCUGGGGCUGGGCCGUCCUCCUGGGCUGCUUCGCCGUCACGGGCUUCUCCUACGCCUUCCCCAAGGCAGUCAGCGUCUUCUUCAAGGAGCUCAUGCGCGAGUUCGGCAUCGGCUACAGCGACUCGGCUUGGAUCUCGUCCAUCCUGCUCGCCAUGCUGUAUGGGACAGGCCCGCUCUGCAGCGUGUGUGUCAAUCGCUUUGGCUGCCGGCCAGUCAUGCUGGUGGGCGGCUUGCUGGCGUCGCUGGGCAUGGUGGCUGCCUCCUUCUGCAGGAGCAUCAUCCAGCUGUACCUCACGACUGGGGUCCUCACAGGCUUGGGUUUGGCGCUCAACUUCCAGCCCUCGCUCGUCAUGCUGAACCGUUACUUUGACAAGCGGCGCCCUGUGGCCAACGGGCUGGCCGCCGCAGGCAGCCCCGUGUUCCUCUGUGCGCUGUCCCCGCUGGGACAGCUGCUGCAAGACCGCUACGGCUGGCGGGGCGGCUUCCUCAUCCUGGGCGGCUUGCUGCUCAACUGCUGCGUGUGCGCAGCGCUCAUGAGGCCCCUGGAGGCCGCCGGGGCGGGGCCGGCGCCCGCGGGGCCGUCCCGGCGGCUGCUGGACCUGAGCGUCUUCAGGGACUGCGGCUUCGCCGUCUACGCGGCGGCCGCCACCACCAUGGCGCUGGGGCUCUUCGUGCCACCUGUGUUCGUGGUGAACUGCGCCAAGGACCUGGGCGUGCCAGACGCACAGGCCGCCUUCCUGCUGACGGUGCUGGGCCUCGUCGACAUCUUCGCGCGGCCCGCCGCCGGCUUCCUCACGGGGCUCCCCAGGGUGCGGCCCUACUCUGUCUACCUCUUCAGCUUCGCCAUGUUCUUCAACGGCCUCACCGACCUCACAGGCUCCACAGCCAGCACCUACGGCGGCCUGGUGGUCUUCUGCAUCUUCUUCGGCAUCUCCUAUGGCAUGGUGGGCGCCCUGCAGUUCGAGGUGCUCAUGGCCAUCGUGGGCACCCACAAGUUUUCCAGUGCCAUCGGCCUCGUGCUGCUGCUGGAGGCCGUCGCUGUGCUCAUCGGGCCCCCGUCCGGAGGCAGGCUCCUGGACGCCACACACGUCUACCAGUUCGUGUUCGUCCUGGCGGGGGCCGAGGUGCUGGCCGCCGCCCUGGUGCUGCUGCUGGGCAACGUCUGCUGCAUCGGGAGGAGGCACGCGGGGGCCCCCGCGGAGGACAGGGACAGGGUGGACGCAAGGGAGGUGGAGCAGUUCCUCAGGGCGGAGCCUGAGAAGGGCGGGGAGAUCGCUCACACCCCGGAAACGAGCCUCUGA